AUGGACGAACUUCUCAAUAUUCCAGCAGCAGUGAAUUUUGAUGAGUCUAUAGCUCAUUAUGAAAUUCAUGCUCAUCAACCGUAUGCUUCUUCAUCUUUUAACAAUAGUGAUGAAAUUCGAAUCGCAGUACAACAUCAAGACUUGUGCAUUUUACCUAGUAAAAGUUCAUUACAUAUUUUUGGCAGAUUAGCUAAAAAUGAUGGAAAUACUCUUACGGAAAACGUGCAUUUAAGUAAUAAUGCUGUAUGUUUUUUGUUUGAUGAAAUUCGCUAUGAACUAAAUGGAAUUGAAAUAGAUCGAUGCAAAAACGUUGGACAUACUACAAUUAUGAAAAAUUAUGUCUCGCAAACUCCUACACAGUUAAAUUUUAUUGAAAAUGCUGGGUAUUCAAGAAUGGCAGCUGAUGCAAGACUUGUAUUGGAAAAUGGCUAUUUUGAUGUCACUAUACCACUCAGCAUGAUUUUUGGUUUUGCCGAAGAUUAUAAAAAAAUCAUUAUGAACGCUAAACAUGAACUUAUCUUAACAAGAGCACGUUCUGACGUGAAUGCCGUAAUUCAAACAGGACAAGGAGGUGAUGAAGAAUUUAAAAUUUUCAUCAAUAAACUUGAAUGGAUGGUUCCAUACGUUCUACCUGCAGAUAAUAAUAAAAUAAAACUAUUAAAAUUUAUUGAAAAAGAUCCAUUAAUUUCAAUAAGCUUCAGAUCUUGGGAAAUGUAUGAAUAUCCUCUAAUUCCUACAAGUUCAAAAGUUUUGUGGCAAAUUAAAACAUCAACACAAUUAGAGAAACCACGCUAUGUUAUUGUUGGAUUUCAAACAGCGAGAAAAGAUAAACCGUCAGUUGAUGUGCGUUUAGAAUUUGAAGCAGGAAUCAACAUGCCGGCUAAAACUACUGCCUAUUGCUUAAUCAUCCAUGACCGCGUCAUACAAUAUAAACCAAUCAGCGGUGUUGUCAAGAAACUGUUGUAG